AUGUCGGUGUUCAUAGGCAUAUGGGGCGUGAUUGUCGAGAUCAUUGACUUCUGGCGCAGGCGAUUCCUAGAAUGGUACCGCCGCAAAGCCCCGGCCGAGCUGUGGCUCGACGUCCUCCGCCAUGCCGAGAUGUACGAGGAGUGGGAGGAGGCCGCCCUCCACCUCGACAACCUGCUGGGGCUCGACCUCUGGCGCUACAACCAGGUCUCGCGGUACUAUGACUACCGCCUCAUCAACGAGCGCCUCGACAGCCUCGCCCUGGCACGGGAGGACCAGGACAUCCACGCCCUGGUGAACCUCCUCCGCUCCGGUCUGGUGCGCAACCUCGGCAACAUCACCGCCACCAAGCUCUACAACCGCAGCUUCGCCGGCUCCAAGUUCCUCAUUGAGGAGUACAUCACGCAGGUGGCAGAGGCCAUCGAGUUCAUUAGCACACUGCCUGCCGUCCCGCCGAGCGGCGUUGGUCUCCUCGGGAGCAACUCCUCCUCCGGCAACGUCGCGGGCCAGGGACCUUUGCCCCCGGCCCAGCCUCCGACCCAAGCCCAGCCACAGACACCCGCUGUCCACUUCAGCGACAACAGCUCCACGACGCCCGGCAGCAAUGCCAGCAACGCCAGCAAUGCGGCUGUCGCGAACAUCAAGACCCCCAUGACGAUGUCAAACCAGAUGAAGCUGGACUUUGUGCACGACACGAGGCAGGCCUUCGGGCGGAGCACGCUUGUGUUACAGGGCGGCGCAAUCUUCGGCCUCUGCCACCUGGGCGUCGUCAAGGCCCUCUUCCUGCGCGGGCUGCUUCCCCGCAUAAUCACCGGCACAGCGACGGGGGCCCUGAUCGCGGCGCUGGUGGCCAUUCACAAGGAGGAGGAGCUACCCGCGGUCCUCAAGGGCGAAGGGGUCGACCUGAGUGCCUUCGCGGCGAAGAACAAGAGCAAAGGCGAUGAUGCUUCGGGAGUGGGAACACGGUCGGGCUCGACUAGGUGGGAGACACUGCUCCGCCGGGUGAAGAGGUUCUAUCGGGAGGGCUACUUCCUCGAUGUCAAGGUGCUGGAGGAGUGUGUGCGUGCCAACGUUGGCGACCUUACGUUCGAGGAGGCUUAUAUCAGGAGCAAGAGGGUGUUGAACAUCACCGUGGCCGCGACUGGUCAGGGUGGCAUUCCGACGCUGCUGAACUACUUGACGGCGCCGAAUGUGUUGAUCUGGACGGCUGCAGUGGCCUCCAACGCCUCUACACCAACAUUCUAUGGUCACCGCGAGACCACAAUCCUCUGCAAGGACCAGGACGGAAAGAUUGUCCCCUGGGCCCCUGCAAAUACAAUCGACUUCCGCCACUGGACACACGUAUCGUAUUCAGACCGGGACUCGCCUUUGAUGCGCAUAGCAGAAUUGUUCAACGUCAACCACUUCAUCGUCUCACAAGCCCGCCCCUACCUUAUUCCAUUCCUACAGUCAGACAUGCACGGGCCCUCACAACACGAAACACGCAAUAAAACGACAUCCAUCACCGCUUUCCUAGUCAGGAUGGUCGGCCUGGAAGUCAGGCACAGACUCCGACAGCUCGACACGCUGGGGCUCCUGCCGACCGGCAUCCGGCGGUUCCUGGUCGACGAGCGGAUCCCGGGCGCCAGCGUGAUGCUCGUGCCGGAGGUGACGGCGGGGGACUUCAUCAGGCUCCUGGAGACCCCGACAAGAGAGACUCUGGACUAUUGGAUAUUGAGGGGCGAGAGGAGCGUCUGGCCGGCAGUCGCGGCGCUCAAGAUUCGGUGUGCCAUUGAGACGGAGCUCGACCGAGCAUACCAAAUGGCGAGAAGGCUAAAGGCCGGAGGGCUGAGGCGGAAGUCCAGCAUCUCCGUGAACAUAUCAGGCGGUGGCAAGGAGAAGAGGCAUCGGGCUAACAGUGUGGGUUCGAGAAAUUGA